AGAAAUGAGGAAAAUUCAAGUGCUUGCGGAACGUUGAGAUAACGAUUGUGAUAAAUUCAGACAGGAACAAAAUCUUCAUUCAACUAUCUCAACCUUCAAUACUAUAAAUAACACAGCACAAGAAACCUUCAGUUUGUUAUUUAUACUAUAUGAGGUCUAAAAAUUGAUUUUGGGUUAACAUCUCAGAACAUUAUCCAUUUAAAGUGAAUACGAUAACUUUAUAUAUUAACAUUCUUCUAUAGGCUUUUUUGUGGUUCAAAAUGCCGACAAAAUUACUUCGUUCAAUAAAUCAGUAUUUAUAUCCUCAAGAUGAGAUAUUCAUAUUGAUAAGACCUAUUAUUACACUAAUUAAUAAUACUGUAGGAGUAGCUGCUUUAGCUAUGCCAUUUUGUUUUCAUCAGUGUGGUAUUUUAUUAUCAUUUUUGUUUCUUGGAAUUACUGCUGCAUUUUCAAUAAUGUCAUGCGAUGCUUUAAUUGAUAUUUGUUCUACUCACCGAGUUCUUCCAUUUGAACAUGCUUGCUUUAAAGCAUUAGGACAUAUUGGAAAAAGUUUAGCUGAAUUAAGUGUUAUUUGUCUGUUGUUUGGUUACGUUGUAGGAUAUUAUGUUACUAUUGCAGAUCUGAGCACUGGUGUUGUUUCACAAAUCGCUAUAACUAUACCAACUCAUCAGCUUCGAUUUAUUCUACUAGUGACGUUUACAGUUGCUUUAAUACCGCUUUGUUUAGUUUCAAAAGUUCAAAGUUUACUUCGAUUGAAUGUAUUUACAAGUCUAUUUUAUGGUGUAGUUACUUUCCAUAUGAUUUUUAUACUUGGUCUACCUCGAUUAAUUUCCAAUAUGCCAUGGGAAGAAAUGAAUUGGUGGAAACCAUCUGGUUUGAUUGAAUGUAUUCCUAUAUUUUUAGCUUCAAUGUUCUGUCAAACACAAUUACAUAUCACAUCAUCUAAAUCUUUUCAGCCAACAUUAUCAAAUAUGCGAUUGAUAGUUCGUGUUGCAUUGAUUACAGUGGCUAUAGUUUAUGGAUUUUUUGGUUUCUUUGGCUACGUAGCAUUUAUUAGUUCGAAAAGGACAAUAUUUUCCGGUAACGUCUUUUUAAUGUAUCCAGAUGAUUUACGUAGUUUCUGUAUACGUGUCGGAUUUCUACUAACCAACAUUGUCUCUAUACCGCUGAUUAUUUUUCCAUUACGUCAAACUGUAUACAAUUUAUUAUGUCAAAAAAGACUAACUUCAUUUGGUGUGGAUUUGGAGAUCGAUUCAACUCCUAUGAUUUCUGAAGAAGUUCCAAGAAGGUUUAUUCAAAAAAUCACUAUCUCAUUACUACUUGUCUCGUUUCUUCUCAGUUUAACUACGGAUAAAAUUGAAGUAAUCAUUCGAUAUACAACUAGUGUAGCUGGUUCAUUGACUGGUUUCAUUUUACCAGCAUUGGUACUUAUUGUUGCCACAAUAAAAAAUGGUAAUCAUCAUCAUCAUCAUCAUCAUUACAAUGGUAGUAGUAGUAGUAGUAGUAUUUCACGUUUUUUACAAAUUUAUCGUAAUCAUUCAAUUAGUGCUUAUUGUCUACUAUUAGUUGGUUGCCUUUUAUUCUCAUUAGAAUUUUUCACAGUCCAUCAUACAAAUAAUGGUAAUACGAAUCCGUUGAAUAAUUUAAAUGGAAUUAAUAAUCUUCAAUUAUUAUCAAGGGAUCAUAUUGUUGAUACUACUACUACUAGAAGUAGUAGUAGUAGUACUACUGCUACUACUAAAACUGUUACAUCUCUUCAAUCGAAUAUUGUUAAAGUGAAUAUGAAUGCUCCACAACCAAUUUUAAAUCUUACAAUGAAAAAUCCCCCUGAACCAAUUGAUCUAACAAACAUUCAAUCACAAAUGAAUGUUAAUAAUAAAUUAAUUAAUAUUUCACCAUUGAUUAAACAACAUAAUCAACAAACUAAACCAAUUACUAUUAUAAAUAAAACUAUUUUGAAAAAUUUUAAAAAAUCACGAUGAUAACAACAUCAUCAUCGCCGACGUCGUUGUUAUCGUUGUCGACGACGACGACGUCGUUCAACGCGAAAUUGAUCAAAUUCACAUGAAAUCUUAGUUGUUUUUUUUUUGAAAAAAUCUAAAGUAACACUGUGAUUGGUAAAAGAAAGAAAGAAGGAAAACCGUCCAUAGCAUUGAAAUCAUCAUGUAACAGUGUUGUGUACAUACGAAUUGGAAUCAUUUUAAUUUUGUGUCGUUAAAAUCGUCGUCACGUGUGUAUACCUUAUUAUCUUAUUGUUCUGUGAUAUGUUUUUGUUUUGUGUACAAUUUCUUACAUUAUGUCCCCAUUCAUAAUACACAAUACACAUGUGAUAUUUAAGAAGGGAUCAAUGGUCAUAAAUUUGUGUUAUUUACUCUUGCCUUUCAUUGUAUGGUUUGUUUAUGUUAAGUAUGGAGACUGGGUUCUCUAUACAUACGAAACAUCAUUUCUUCUUUCGAUGGUUGUGAUUUUCUUUUACUUCUUGUUGAUUUGUCAACAUACUUGUUAAUGUUCCAUCUUUCCAUAUGAUUAUUAUCUCUGUUGUUACUUACUUACGCCUGUUACUCCUCGUGAAGGAGCAUAGGCCGCUCACCAGCAUUCUCCAUCCAACCCUGUCUUGAGCAAUCCUUUCCAACUCUUUCCAGUUGUUAUUCAUCUUUUUCAUGUCUGUUUCUAUUUCCCGACCUAAUGUGUUCUUUGGCCUUCCUCUUUUCCGUUUCCCUUCAGGAUUUUAAGUUAGGGCUUGCCUUGUGAUGUAAUUUGAUGGUUUGCGUAACGUAUGUUUGUUGUAGGUAGAUUAUUUAAAUGAGUAGUAGUACAAUUGUAUAUGUAUCUAUGUAAUUACCAUUUGUUUAUAAUGCUUUAUACCACUUACCAUCGACAUAUUCAGUGUUUCAGUUUGUUUGUUCUUUUAUAUGAGAAGCUAUUUUGUAUAUGUAUGUAUGUAUUUGCACUGUUCCAUUUGUCCAAUGAUCAAUUACAAGCUGUAAUUAAUCAUUCAACUGUCAUCUGUGUAUAUGUAAUAUCCCCCCUUAUGGUUUAUUUAAAUCCAUGAUAAACGUUUGUUUAUUAUGUUUUGAUUCACAUAAUUUUUCUAAAUACUUUUGUAAUUUAAAUAAACAUACGGGAGACUUUUUUAGCGAGUUAGUUUUCUACGGGAUGGGAUUGCUAACCUCAUGCCCGAUCCUUCUCCUUUACCCGGGCUUAAGAUUGGUAGUAACUUUAGAACAGCUAC